GAAGUGGUAUACCAUGGUUUCGCUUUCGUUUUGUAUCUGGCGGCUGGUCUGACCUUCAUAGUAGAGGUGAAUCACUACAAAAGACAACAUUAUAGUAGGGAUUAUGAGCCUUACUUUGCAGCGGCGAUAAUUGGACUUAUUGUUUCUGCUUUGUACCUGAUGAGUACCAUAUUCGCCUUAAGGAGUUACAGAGGACUUUAAGUGUUAUAUAAUCCACUUCGUUAUUUAUUAUUUAUUUUUGUAAUGCAGAAAAACUUUUUUACCACAUUUUGUAUUUUAAUUUUGAAUCAUUUUGCAGUCAAAAAUCACUUGAAACCUGUACAUUCUCAAACGAUUUAAGUCAAUUAAAAUAAUGAUUUUUUAAAUUUACUUCAUCUUGAUGUUAAUUUUUAAGUUAGUUUGUUUCUAUUAUUUUUCAUUCACAAAUACAUUAGGAAAACGUUCAAUUUGUAAUUGUCCUGAAAGUACUUUUAUUUUCAGUAAGGUUGCGUAAUUCAAAACCACACUUUAUAUUGAAACAAUCCAAUGUGGUAUAUGAAGAAACGGAACUAUCAAUAUCAUAAUGAGGUUUUCGAUAUUCAUGUUUUUGAAUAUAAUUAAGGCUAACAAAUGAUACCCAAAGAAAUCUCUUGUAUUUUGUUGCUUUGAACUCUAUAGUCAAUUCUAUGAUAGGUUUUGCAAAACCAUUCAGGCAAAUGGAAAAAAUAUAGAUUGUAUACAAAAUGAAUCACUUUAUUUUGUAUUAUUCUGGUCUUGACAAUCAAAAGAAUACAUACUCAUUUAAACACUUUUAAACUAUCAUCAUUGAUAUCGAAUCUAGCCCCAUUUGAUUUUUUUCUCAUUUAAUUAUAAAAAAUAGAAUAGUCAUUUUUAAUUAAUUAAAAUUCAUCGUUUUAAAUAUUCGAUAUGUUCACACCUUGAACAAGUAUAAAGAUACAAGUAUAAGCAACAGUAUUUUGUAGGUAUAUUUAUCUCUCUUUGACAUGAAUAUAUAUUUUUGAACACAGAUUCAGUUGAUUGCUGCCAUAAUGUAACUAAACAAAUCGAUGUGCCUUUGAUGUACGCAUACUUCGUAUUUUGUAAUGUUUCAAUUAUUGAAUGAAUAAUUUUUGUAUUAAUAUAUAAUAUUGUCUAAUUGUAUUUAUACAAAUUGUAUAGUAUGUGAAAUGAAACUGUGUGAUUAGGAAUUGCUAAUUAAAACAUAAAAAAUU